AUGAUGCUUCAGCGGGCGCCUGUGUGGGUCGGCGGGCGGCUGCCUGCGCGGCCCAAGGCCGGGCGAACUGCGCGCGGGAUCGACAGGCUCCGCGGGCGCGGCUCUGCAGAGAUCCGCCCCGGCGCGUCCGGGCAGCGGCCGCUUGCUCCAUUCCCGCACCGCGUCAACCGUGUUUCGGGCCGAGGCUCCGUCGCGUCCGCGGCCCUGGCGGGAGCAGCCACUGUGGAGGAUGCACUCAAGCAGCCCAAGGAAGUGGUGCAGCUGUACCGGCGGCCCGGGCUCGGCGAGGCGGAGGCCGUCACCCUGCUGCACAAGGUGCAGAAGCGGCUGCCUGAGGUCACGGACAUCGACAUGGAGCUCUGCUACAACGUGGAGCUGGCCGCCCCGCUGAGCGACCAGGAGGCCUCCACGCUGGCGUGGCUCCUCCGCGAGACGUACCAGCCCGAGAUGCUGCGCGCCGAGACGGCCAUGACUCCGGACAAGGGUGCCGUGGUCGAGGUGGGGCCCCGCAUGAACUUCUCGACGGCGUGGUCCGCGAACGCCGGCAGCAUCUGCAAGAGCUGCGGGCUCGAGAAGGUCACACGCGUGGAGGUGUCCCGCCGCUACCUCCUCUCGAGCGCGUCCCCCCUGGCCGCCAGCCACCUCGACGCCUUCGCGGCGAUGGUGCACGACCGCAUGACCGAGCAGGUGUACCCGGAGCCGCUACCGUCGUUCAAGGUCGACAAGGAGCCGGAGCCGGUGUUCGAGGUCGACCUCAUCGGCGGCGGCCGCGCGGCCCUCGAGGCCAUUGACAAGAAGAUGGGUCUGGCGUUCGACGAGCGGGACUACUCGUACUACAUUGACAUGUUUGUCAACGGGUUCAAGCGCAACCCCACGAACGUGGAGCUGUUCGACAUCGCGCAGUCCAACAGCGAGCACUGCCGGCACUGGUUCUUCGGCGGCAACCUGUACCUCGAGGACGGCACCAAGCUCCCCAAGACGCUCUUCCAGCUGGUCAAGGAACCCUACGAGAUCAACCCCAACAACUCCGUGGUCGCGUUCAAAGACAACUCCUCCGCGAUCAAGGGGUUCGACGUCAGCCCGCUGCUCCCCACCGCGCCGGGACAGCCCAGCAAGCUGCAAGUGACGAAGCGCACCUGGGACCUGCUCCUGACGGCCGAGACCCACAACUUCCCGUGCGCGGUCGCGCCGUACCCCGGGGCCGAGACGGGCGCGGGUGGGCGUAUCCGCGACACGCACGCCACCGGGAAGGGCUCCAUCAUGGGCGCCGCGACCGCCGGGUACUGCGUCGGCAACAUGCGCAUCGACGGGUACACGCAGCCGUGGGAGGACACCAACUUCCAGUACCCCGACACACUGGCCUCGCCGCUGCAGAUCAUGAUCGACGCGUCAAACGGCGCGUCGGACUACGGCAACAAGUUCGGGGAGCCCCUCAUCGCGGGGUACACGCGCGCGUGCGGCAUGCGCCUCCCGAACGGCGAGCGUCGCGAGUGGAUCAAGCCGAUCAUGUUCUCUGGCGGCGUGGGCCAAAUCGACAGGGAGCACCACAACAAGGACGAGGGCCAGGUGGGGAUGCUGGUGGUGAAGAUCGGCGGGCCUGCGUACCGCAUCGGCAUGGGCGGCGGCGCGGCGUCGUCCGUGGCGUCGGGCGAGCUCGACGCGGAGCUGGACUUCAACGCCGUGCAGCGCGGCGACGCGGAGAUGUCGCAGAAGCUGUGGCGCGUGGUGCGGGCCUGCGUGGAGAUGGGGUCGCAGAACCCGCUCGUGCAGAUCCACGACCAGGGUGCGGGCGGCAACUGCAACGUCGUGAAGGAGAUCAUCUACCCGCUGGGCGCGGAGAUCGACAUCCGCGCCGUCAAGGUCGGGGACGAGACCAUGAGUGUGCUGGAGAUUUGGGGCGCCGAGUACCAGGAGAACGACUGCCUGCUCGUGAAACCGGAGGACGAAGCCAAGCUGCGGGCCAUCUGCGACCGCGAGCGCGCCAACAUGCAGGUCAUUGGGCGCAUCGACGGGUCGGGGCGCGUGGUCAUCAAGGACGAGCAGCGCAAGGAGGGGGAGCCCGUGCCCGUGGACCUCGACCUGCAGAAGGUCCUCGGCGACAUGCCACCCAAGGACUUCCACUUCAAGAAGUUCGAGGCCCCGAAGAAGGAGCUGGAGAUCGACGCGGCGGUGCAGGAGGCGCUGCCGCGCGUGCUGCGCCUGGUGGACGUGUGCUCGAAGCGGUUCCUGACCACCAAGGUGGACCGGUCGGUCACGGGGCUGGUCGCGCAGCAGCAGUGCGUCGGCCCGCUGCAGCUGCCCCUCGCGGACUACGCGCUCAUGGCCCAAACGCACCAGGACAAGACCGGCCUGGUCACCUCGAUCGGGGAGCAACCCAUGAAGGGCCUGGUGGACCCCGCCGCGAUGGCGCGCCUGGCCCUCGCCGAGGCCCUGACCAACAUGUGCUUCGCGAAGAUCACGCAGCUGCAGGACGUCAGGGCCUCCGUGAACUGGAUGCACGCUGCGAAGAUGGACAGCGAGGGCAUGCAGAUGUACAUGACGGCCGAGGCCCUGCGCGACGCGAUGGUGGAGAUGGGAGUGGCGUGCGACGGCGGGAAGGACUCGCUGUCCAUGGCUGCCUCCGCGGGCGGCGAGACUGUCAAGGCGCCGGGGCAGCUGGUGGUCUCGGCGUACGCGCCGUGCCCGGACAUCACGAAGAAGGUGACGCCUGACAUCAAGAAGGCGGGCAGCGCGCUGGUGCACGUCGACCUGGGAGACGGGCGGAAGCGCCUGGGAGGGUCGGCCCUGGCCCAUGUGUACAACCAGGCGGGCGCGGAGGUGCCUGACGUUGAGAUCAGCAAGCUCAAGGCCGCGUUCAACACCAUCCAGGACUUGGUCAACAGGGGCGAGGUGCUCUCGGGGCACGACAUCUCCGACGGUGGUCUUGUCGUGGCUGCGCUGGAGAUGGCCUUCGCGGGCGACUGCGGGCUGACCGUCGACGUGCCCUCGCCCAGCAACGACGCCGACGCCAAGAUGGGUGCCCUCGCGGCCCUGUUCGCCGAGGAGGUCGGUUUGCUGCUGGAGGUCGAGGAGUCGAGGGCCUCGGGCGUCGUGUCUGCCUUCAAGGGGGCUGGCGUGGGUGCCUCGGUCGUCGGCACGACCAGCGCGGACAAGCAGGUCAAGGUCUCCGUCGACGGCAACGCCUGCAUCGAGCAGAGCAUGCUGGACCUGCGCGCGACCUGGGAGGAGACUGCCUUCCAGCUCGAGCGCCUCCAGUGCGCGGAGGCGUGCGUGGACGCCGAGGAGGCCGUCCAGAAGUCGCGGACGGCGCCCAAGUGGGAGCUGUCGUACAAGCCCGCGUUCACCCCGCCGGAGAAGCUGACGGACGCGUCCAAGUACAAGGUUGCGAUCCUGCGCGAGGAGGGCUCGAACGGCGACCGCGAGAUGGCGGCCGUCGUGCACGCGGCUGGCAUGGAGCCAUGGGACGUGACGAUGAGCGACCUGGACGCCGGCGCGGUGGACCUGGGCGACUUCCGCGGCAUCAUCUUUGUGGGCGGGUUCUCGUACGCGGACGUGCUGGACUCGGCCAAGGGCUGGGCGUCGGGGAUCCGCUUCAACGCGCGCAUCCAGGAGCAGUUCCGGAGCUUCUACGCCCGCUCGGACACGUUCUCGCUGGGCAUCUGCAACGGGUGCCAGCUGAUGGCGCUCCUGGGCUGGGUGCCGGGCGCGGGGGGCGACGUGCUGGGCGACGACGUGCAGCCGCGGUUCAUCCACAACACGUCCGGGCGCUUCGAGUCGCGCUGGUCGCAGGUCACCGUCCUGGACUCGCCCGCCGUGAUGCUCAAGGACAUGGCCGGCAGCACCAUGGGCAUCUGGGUCGCGCACGGCGAGGGCAAGGCGCACUUCCCCGACGCCGCAGUCAAGGACGACAUCCUCGCCGGCCAGCAGGCGCCCGUGCGCUACGUCGACGCCGCGGGCAGCAUCACGGAGGCCUACCCCUUCUGCCCCAACGGGUCGCCCGAGGGCAUCGCGGCGCUGUGCUCCAAGGACGGCCGCCACCUCGCGAUGAUGCCGCACCCGGAGCGCUGCUUCCAGGGCUGGCAGCUCCCGUGGGCACCCGAGGGGUACGACAAGGACGGCCCGGGCCCCUGGCUCAAGCUGUUCCAGAACGCCCGCGCCUUCCUCGAGUCCACCGACUGA